UCAUUUGUCAUGGUUUUGAGUUCAGACUCAAAUAUCUGUCUUGUGUUAGGUCUUGAAUUCACUAGUUUGUUGUGUUGACAGUGAGACUGAAGUUAUUCAAAGGCCAAGGUUACUUAGGAAGUUUUAAAUUUUCAAUAUCUAAUAGUAAAAAUGGUGGCCAGUGCUAUAUGGUAUUGGUCCUGCUUAUGGAGUUCUCAUGCUAGUUAGCACCUGCCUGAUGACACAAGGAAGGAACAUGAGUGAUGAAAUAUGGUGAAAUUUCUUCAGAAUUUCUUUGCAGGUUUUACUCUGAGUAGCAGACUCCCGGAGCAUGUUGACAGCUUGAAGACUGAGUGUUGUGUAACUAAAAGAACCAGUGAUUUCAACAAAGAGUAUGGGGAUUUUGAAAUCAGACUGCUACAGCUAGUUGUAAACACUAGUAAAUGUUCUGAAAUGAGUUCUGUAGAUUGGGGGGUGUGGGGGAUUAAAAAAAAGUGGUUGGGUUUUCCUCUCAUUAACUUCCAGACUUUUCUCUAGAGCAUAAUAGAGCUGACUUUUUGUCAGCUAAUUUUCAUAUUGCAAUUUAGCUUUUAUUAAUUAUUAUUUAUUUUUCUAAAAAUAAGAUAUAUUUACGUUUCAUUUGCAGAGGAUGAAAUUUAAUUGUAUGAAAAUAUUAAUUAUUUUUUCUCUCUCUAUUUUUUCUCUUCAAGUUGAUUUCUCAGUUUUGUGAUUUAUUAAUACUGGGUGUUUGAGUCAUAGAUAUGUUCUUAGGCUCACCUGAUAUAUUUUACUCAUAUAAUAGCAUCAAAGCCAUGGGUGUUUUUAGUGGUAUUUCUCUGGCAGUAGAAACAUCAUUUAAAGGCAUGUUUUUAAGACUAGCUUAUUUAACAACCCAUUUGGUAUAAACCUUUUGCCUGGUAUGUUUUUCCACUCAGCUGUUCACUGCAGCUGUUCAGUGUGGAUUCCCAGGAAAGCUUUGUGUAAGGCAAACUUUAACUAAAGUAACUACUCCAGAGUUUGGUGUAGCAACUGAAAUAUUCCUUAAGCAUUCUGGUAACUUGAAAAGUACCACUAAAAUAUGCAAUUUAAAAACAAACAAGCCCACAAGGAUAUUAUCAUAGACUUUCUAGCAGUUGGAUCCUGAUCUGAUCUCUUGCAACAACUUCAUGUGGUUCUGUUACCUCAUCUGCCUUUUAAAACUCUUUAGGUUCAGCCUUAACAUCUGAACUUGCAAUACCAAAAUAGCAGUUUUCCCAGAGAAUGAAUAGCAUUUAUUAUUUGUACCAGUCUUAGCACUUUUUAGGUUAUGGAAGUACUUGUCCAUACUUUGAUGGACUCUUCUGGAAUCGGUAUGUUGCCAUUAACAUAUUGAUAUAUGACCUGUUUCCAAAGAGUAUGCAGAACUAACAGCUGACUUGGAAAGCCUGUGCUUUCGCAUGUUCAGCCUGAGGUUUGUGACCACUAAGUGCCCUGGUAUUGGUUUUUGUUUUGUUUUUAACCUUCUGGCAGUUGCUGUCCCUUGUCCUCAAGAACCUCAUCUUUCACUGUUGCAUGAUGGUAAAACCCCAAAAUGGAAGAAACCAGUUGUUGAUAACUGCAUUGUAGGUGUGGUAAGUCAUAUAGAUCGUGCAGUCAGUGAGUGAAAUGAAUGUCUUGUGACUUAAAAUUGUGGUGACAGACCACUGAAAGUAGGUUAUCAAAAUAGAAAUGAGCGUUUAUUUUCACUGUCCUUCAUUCAAUAGAAACAUGAAGUGCUGGCUAGCUGUCCUGUGGACAUUUCAGUAAGAAAAGCUGCGGCCUCUUCCUUUUUCGUGUGUGCAACUUCCUUUAUUCUAAGAAUGUUUUCGUGUGGCUUUCCAGAGAGUUUUGCAGCACUGGAUUUUGUACUUAGAAAAUAGGCCCCGUGACCUUAAAAACCUUGUGAUAUUUCUUCUUUGAUUAUUAGCUGUGCUUCAUGGAGGCUGUAUCCUUACUGCUUAGCUGGUUACAAUGGUUUCUGCUUUGUAAUAUGAGAAUGUUAUGACCUGUCAGGAUCAAAAAUUUGGCUCUUUGUAUUGUGGUUGAAGUACCUGAGAUGUGUUAGGAUGUUCAUGCUGGGACUGGUACUGAGGGACAGAAAUAACCUACUGUGUGCAGAGCAAAGUGGCUGCAGACACAUGCAAUAUACUUUGAUCCUUACACUUUUACCACUGUGUAUAGUGCAGCUGGCUAGUUAACAAACAAACAAAAACCAAAUUUCCUUGGACUUGAGUUUUUAUGUUGCUGACAAAUGCUUGUUUAUUUAUUGUCUAGCUUGCUUAUAUGAAUAGAAAUGUCCUAUCCUUUUUAUUGGAUUAGCAUUGUACUUUCCUCUAGGAGACAUGAACGUGCAGUUUAUGGCAUCCAGUCAUGAAGGUAUGAAGCAGGUUUGUUGUGUGCAAGUGAGCUGCUCUGGGUUCAGUGCUCCUUCCCAUGGGUUGUGACUGUAGUGUUGUCCUGUGGUAAGAAGGUGAGACUGCUCAAAAAGGACUGGUUACAUUAUGUAUAAGGGAAGGGGGAGUGAGUAUAAUUGGGAUACGCUAACAGUUUGCAUAGGAUUUGUGAUUUGUCAGUAAGCAUGGCAAUUUCCCUGCUGUACUCUGGCUUAGACUGCACAGGAGUUACCCUCUUUUAGAGGCCUACGGGGCUCAGAGGUCCUGUGAUGUCUUUUCUUAUCAGCAACCUGCAAAAGCAAAAAACUUAGUGAUUUUAGCAAAGUGAAAAUAAAGUGGCUGUAUGUCACUUUUGGUAUCUGUCAGUGCCUUGAGCCAAGAUUCACCAGAGGUGGGGGGAGAACACCAGCAAUACAUUUUGCUGUGUCCUUAUCCUCUUCCUUAGGCUAUUGGCUGCUGAGGCAGACAGGAUACAGGGUUAGAUGAACCCUGAAUUUGACCUCAAUUUUCUUUUCAAUAUCUGAGACAUCAGAUUUCACGUCAACCUCGGUACUGCUAGUAGAAGAUGGGCAAUAACUGUAAUCUAAUGCAUAAAUCCAUAGAACAGCCUGAGUUGGAAGGGCCCUGCAAGGAUCAUUAAGCUCAUCAUCUGGUUCCACACUGGAAUGCCAAUAGCCUAAGUGUGUUUUCUACAUUUCCAGCAUCACCUGGAAAGGAGAUUAAGCUAAAAGCAGAAAUACAUGUACAUGCUGUGCAACUAUGUAUACACAUAACAAAGUUUUUGUACUUUUGUACUUCUGCCAUUCAAACAUUCAGCUCAAGUGCUUAGCAGAUGCUGAUGAAUUUGUUCCCACAGCAGAAGCACAGACAUGAUGGCCAACACUUCUCAAAUGUAAAUGUCUAAACACUAAAGUGGUUUUAGAACCUGUAGUAAAUAUGAUUGAUCUUUAUUUUUACAACUGUGUACUGCUUACAGCUCUCUGCAAGUGACUUCAUUACUUAUAAAAACUUAAGUGCUGAAGGAAGACUUGUGAUUUUUCCCACCAGUGUGGAAGGAGAGGCCUACUCCUAUUGAAGUUCAUUGUGAAACUCCUCAUCACAUUUCGUAAGGGUGUGAACCUGAGAUUAAGAAAUAGUUUCCUGAAAUAGCUGAGGUCUGUAACGUUAAUGAGCAAAGUGUUUCUGAGAGGAAGGGAGGGAAAUGAGGGAGAGGAGAGAAUCUUCCAUCAGCCCUCAUGAUCUCCCACGAUAAGUAUCAAGUUGCAUAAACAAGAACUUACAUUUUAAAAUACAAGCUUUGAAGUACUGCAUAUCUCAUUCUGGUAACUCUUCUACAGAUGCAUAUGGUUACAGAUGUGCUAUUAUUUGUUACGAUUUAAAAAAUCUUAGGAAAAACAUUUACCUGUUACCAGAACCUUUCAGUUUUUUCCUCACAACUUAUUUUUUUUUGAAUGUCGAUUAACUUUUUCAUCUCAGCUCUUAUGAAUCUCAGCCUUCUGGAUAAUGCAAGUUUCUUCCUGCACUGAACUGACCUGGAUGCUCAACAUGCACAACAGCACAGCUGAAACUCCAUGUGCGAUAGGAUCCUGUAACGGGACGUUGUCCCCACAGCCAUCAACCCCUCAGUUUUCCCUGGGUGUGUUGGUGCUCCUGGCUCUGCUCAUGGUGCUGCUGGCUCUGGUCACAAUCCUUGGAAACGUCCUGGUGAUCCUGGCUUUCAUCUUGGACAGAAAUCUCAGGCAUCGGAGUAACUAUUUCUUUCUCAACCUUGCCAUUUCUGACUUUGCAGUGGGAGUCUUCUGCAUGCCACUAUACAUCCCUUAUGCUCUGACAGGGACCUGGCACCUGGGAAAAGGACUAUGCAAGCUCUGGCUGCUUAUGGACUAUCUUGUGUGUUCAGCUUCAGUGUUUAACAUUGUCCUUAUCAGCUAUGACCGUUUCCUGUCAGUUACAAAAGCGGUAUCUUACAGAGCCCAGCAAGGAAUGAUGUCCAGCCCUGUUGUCAAGAUGGUGGCCAUCUGGGUCUUUGCCUUCCUGCUCUACUCUCCGGCAGUUCUCCUUUGGGAGUACGUGUCUGGCUGCAGCAUGGUAGAGGAGGGGCAGUGCUAUGCCGAGUUCUUCAACAACUGGUACUUCCUCCUGUGUGCAUCCACCCUGGAGUUCUUUGUGCCGCUGAUCUCAGUCACCUACUUCAACGUGAGCAUCUUCCACAACAUCCAGAGACGCCAGCGGCGCGGCAGCAUUCAAUACUGCGAGUCUCCAGGGAGCAGCAGUGAGUCCUGGAGGUUUUGUUUUUUGCUGAGGCGAGGACCUUCUUUGUCAGAAACAGAGGACAGUACUUCAUCAGUAAUGAGGUCAUCGAGACCAUCACUGGUAUCUAACUGUACAUCUCCAACAACAGUGAAUCCUGUGGUUGUCAAAAGGGACUUCUCUUCAUCUUUCUGUGCGAAUUCUCGGUCAAGACUGCAAAGAGACAAGAAGAUUGCGAAGUCGCUUGCCAUAAUUGUGUGUGUCUUUGCCAUUUGCUGGGCCCCGUAUACUUUACUAAUGAUAAUUCGUGGAGCCUGCCAAGGAAAAUGUGUCCAUCCAGUCUUGUAUGAAAUUACCUUUUGGCUUUUGUGGAUCAAUUCCUCCCUGAACCCAUUUCUUUACCCACUCUGUCAUAUGAGAUUUCAAAUGGCUUUUAUGAAAAUAUUAUGUCCCCAAAAGUUGGCAGCAUUGAGAUCAAAUGAUACACCUUCUGUUUAGAGCAUUAAAGUACAAGAGUCAGAAAUAA